CGCUUGCGCUGGGCGGGGCCCGACAAUGACAAAGCAGCGGCCGGCGGCGCGGGAUCCGCCCCCCGCGCUUCGCGGGCGCGUCGGCCCUGGCGCGGCUGUUAUGGAAACGGGCUGGGCGCGCAGGCGGCGAUGAUGGGGCGGCCAUGGCCCAGGCCGGCAGCUCCAGCGGCGACGCGGCCGCGGGCGAGCGGGCCGGGGGCGCUGGGCGGCCAGAGCCGUGGGAGCUGUCCCUGGAGGAGGUGCUGAAGGCGUACGAGCAGCCCAUCAACGAGGAGCAGGCGUGGGCCGUGUGCUUCCAGUGCUGCCGCGGGCUGCGGGGCGCGCCGGGCGGCCGGCGGCGCAUCCGGGACACAGCGGACAUCCUCCUGCGCAGGGACGGCUCGGUCAGCGCGCAGCGGGAGCCCGGCGCGGCUGAGUCCACAGUGAUGGUGUCACCGGCCAGCUCGGAAGCCCAGGUGGUUCAGUCGCUGGGCUUCGCCAUCUACCGCGCGCUGGACUGGGGGCUGGCAGAGCACGAGGAGCGCGAGCUCAGCCCGCAGCUGGAGCGGCUUAUCGACCUCAUGGCCAACAGCGACUGCGACGACGAUGGCGGUGGCGGGGCAGCCGACGAGGGCUACGGGGCCCCCGAGGAGGAGGAGGAGGCCGAGGGUGGGCCCCGCGUCGUGCGCACCUUCACGCAGGCCAUGCGCCUGUGCGCUGCGCGCCUGACCGAGCCCCGGGGCGCUCAGACCCACUAUCAGGCCGUGUGCCGCGCACUCUUCGUGGAGACGCUGGAGCUGCGCGCCUUCCUCGCCAGGGUCCGGGAGGCCAAGGAGAUGCUGCAGAAGCUUCGGGAGGAUGAGCCGCAGUCAGAGAAGCCCCUGAUGGAGCUCGACAGCCUGGGGCGCACGGACUGGGCCCGACUCUGGGUGCAGCUCAUGCGGGAGCUCCGCCACGGGGUGAAGCUGAGGAAGGUGCAGGAGCAGGAGUUCAGCUCCCUGCCCACAGAGUUCCAGCUCACCCCCUUCGAGAUGCUGAUGCAGGACAUCCGCGCCAGGAACUACAAGCUGCGCAAGGUCAUGGUCAACGGGGACAUCCCUCCCAGGGUGAAGAAGGAUGCCCAUGAACUUAUCCUGGACUUCAUCCGCUCCCGGCCUCCGCUGAAGCAGGUCUCAGAGAGAAGGCUUCGCCCUUUACCCCAGAAACAGAGAACGCUGCACGAGAAGAUCCUGGAGGAGAUCAAGCAGGAACGCAGGCUGCGCCCCGUGGAGGGCAGGCACUGGGAUGGGCGGGGUGAGCACGGGACACCCCCUCCCCUGCCCCUUGCCUCCCCUCCACCCCCCAACCCGUCCUGUCCUGUCCUGCCUCACCUGCUGCCUGCCCCAGGGUUCGGCUCUCUGCCUUGCAUCCUCAACGCCUGCUCUGGGGACGUCAAGUCCAGCUCCUGCAUCAAUCUGUCCGUCACGGAUGCCGGGAGCAGUGCCCAGCGCCCGCGGCCCCGGGUCCUGCUCAAGGCGCCCACGCUGGCUGAGAUGGAGGAGAUGAACAUAUCUGAGGAGGAAGAGUCGCCGUGUGCGGAGGUGACACUGAGGCGAGACCGCUCUUUCUCGGAGCACGACCUGGCCCAGCUCCGGAGUGAGGUGACCUCUGGCCUGCAGCCCCCUGGAGGCCUGGAGCUGGCUCGGCCGCGUGCGGGCAGCGUGCAGUCCUGGACACCCAGCGCCCAGGAGCCGGGUUCUGUCAGCGUCCAGUCCCGGCCUGACCCCAGCUCCCCGCCACGCAGUGACCUGGGCUCAGUUGACAGGCCUGGGGCCUCCGAGGCCCCAGACGUCAAUCACCGGUGGCUGUUUCUGUGGGUCCAGAACCCAGAAGUGGCUCGGCCCGGUGGCCCUGGCUCGGACUCGAGUGAGGCUGCAGCUGGAGUGUCGGCAGGGCUCCCGUCUCACCUGAAGGCUCCACCCGCCUCCAAGGAGGCUCCUCCCCCGGCUGUGGGCAGGAGGCCUCAGCUCCUCCCGUGUGGCCUCUCCCCGGGGCUGCCUGAGUGCCCUCACAACAUGGCUCCCCCCGGGGAGUUCAGCCACCCCGUGGAAAGCCUGGCUCUGACGGUGGAGGAGGUGAUGGACGUGCGCCGUGUGCUGGUGAAGGCCGAGAUGGAGAAGUUCCUGCAGAAUAAGGAGCUCUUCAGCAGUCUGAAGAAGGGGAAGAUUUGCUGCUGCUGCCGGACCAAGUUCCCACUGUUCUCCUGGCCACCCACCUGUCUCUUUUGCAAGAGAGCUGUCUGCAGUUCCUGCAACAUAAAGAUGAAGAUGCCAUCUAAGAAGUUUGCACACAUCCCCGUGUACACGCUGGGCUUCGAGAGUCCUCAGAGGGUGUCAACCGCCAAAGUCACGCUGGCACAGAGAAGAGACGCCUUCCAGUGCGUGCCUGCCCUUGGUGACGUCCCUGUGACCUCUGCAGGGGCCCCACUGGCGGAGCGUGGAGGAGGAGUUCCCGCACAUCUACACCCACGGCUGCGUCCUGAAGGACGUCUGCAGCGACUGCACCGGCUUCGUGGCGGACGUGGUGCGCUCCAGCCGCAGGAGUGUGGACGCCCUCAACACCACGCCCCGCCGCGCCCGCCAGACCCAGUCCCUCUACGUCUCGAACACCUGGACACUCGACCUCAAGUGAUGGCCGUGGCCCCCUGGCCGCCCGGUCAGAGGCUUUUCGAGGAGCCCGGGUGACCAUGCUUCUGGGGAAGAGCCAGGCUAGUCCUGGACCAGGCGGAGAAGCCCCCGUCCUGGGGCACGGCGGCCCCCGGCCCUCGUGAUGUGCAUGUACAUAUAUACAUAUACAGAUACGUUUAUAUAAUAUAUACACACAGCAUAUAUAUUUAUAUUCAUGCUUCCUGGCCCCAGAGUUCAUUCGGGGUCAGGCUCACUCCAGGACCCUCCCUGGGGGAGGCUGUUUCCUCUCAGGAUUCCUUGAGCAGAGCAGGGGCAGGGGGGGCAGAUGGGAACAGGUCUUCUCACUCAGACGCGGAAGGGGCACGUGGGCAUACAGCAGAGGGCCCCAGCAGUGGGGCUCUGGGGAAGAAGGUCCUGCCCGCACGUUUUCUUUUCCGGCAGCUUCCCCUCCCUGGGUGGACGUCCAGGCCGGGACAGGGGUCCUUGGUCCCCAGGGGGCCUGGAGCACCCCCCUCACACCUGUGCUCUCCUAGCAGGGCCGUGGGCUGCGGAGGCACCUGGGAAGCCUCUCAGUGGGCUAGGAUUCCCCCGUUAGGCAUCCCAGCCCUCCACGUGGAAGGUCUAAGGCCAAGCUCACUCCCGGCCCCCACCUGGCAUCCGUACCCCGGCCAUCCGCCACGCAGCCAGUGUCACUGGCCUCACACACUCAGAGGUGCGGGGAUGGUGCUGGCCCGGGGGCCCUGGCGAUGCUGGCGGUCCCGGUACGGGAAGGAGCUCUGUAAAUUGUACACAAGGCCACUCCUGGCCGAAUAAAGGUGGUC